AUGCCCCAACCUUUCUCCACACCCAAUGCUCCAACCUGCCAUGACCCACACCUGCAAAAACGCACUAAAGCAGGUUUUGUCAUCAAAGCAUGCAAUCUGGUUCACUUACGUCGGCAGUUGUUCAGAAUAGAUGGAGUCAAGAGUGUCUUCUUCGGCCCUGACUUCAUAACCAUUACUAAGGCUGAUGGUCAAACAGAGUGGAAAGUGAUCAAACCGGACGUCUUCGCCACCAUUAUGGACUUCUUCACCUCUGGACUUCCUGUUGUCAAUGAGGCAGAUGCUCCACGUGCCGACACGGCUCCUUCUGAGGAUGACGAUGAGGUGGUGGCCAUGAUUAAAGAAUUGCUGGACACACGCAUAAGGCCCACAGUGCAGGAGGAUGGUGGUGACGUGUUGUAUCGGGGUUUCGAGGAUGGCAUUGUAAAGCUGAAGCUGCAGGGUUCCUGCACCAGCUGUCCCAGCUCCAUCAUCACGCUGAAGAGCGGCGUCCAGAAUAUGCUGCAAUUCUACGUUCCCGAGGUGGAAGGAGUCGAGCAGGUGAAGGAAGAGGAUGUGGAUGUUGAAAAAGAAGUCCAGUGAUAUGAGUUUCAGUUGACUUCAUCCUUUCUUCCUAAUAAAUUACCUAGCACACUUCAAUGUCCGAUCAUGUAGAAGGAGUCUUGAGUUUAGCAGAGACUACUCGGUUACACAGCAGUAAGGAAAAUGGACAAAUCUGUGUCCUCACAUUCCUUUAAACACGUAUGUAUUAGCUACAGACAUUGAUAUUAAAUCAAGUGUGCAGCAAAUGUUUUUUAGCCUACACUUUUGGAUGGACUGUUUGGUUGGUGCUGUAAUAGGUUUGGGGUUGGUCGCCGAUUAUAUUUGAUAGAUUUUCACUCGUUGCACUGGUUAAAACAAAAGGCAGAAUUUCAUGUAUUUGUGCACAUAUUAAGAAAUCGACUGUUUUCAUGCUUAAUAUAUUUUCAGGAAACCUGAUUGUAUCA